AUGUGGAUGCUAGCUCUCACUCUGAAUUUACUGUGGGCUCCAGUCAGCCUGAUGGGCCCCAACAGCCAGUGGCGAGGAGCAGACAGUCCACGUGGGCACUACCACCGUGUCCAGCAUGGACAGUGCAGCUACACCUUUGUACUUCCGGACCCGGGCCACUGUAGAGCCAGUGGGGAGCAGCGUGACACCAAUGCCCUCCAGCGGGAUGCCCCACCCAGUGAGCCCAAUACCUCCCUCCAGAAACUCCGCCAUCUGGAGACAGCCACAGAGAACAACACUCAGUGGCUUCAGAAGCUUGAAAGUUACAUCCAGGAUAACAUCAAAUCAGAGAUGGCUCAGAUACAGCAGAACGCUGUACAGAACCACACGGUGACCAUGCUGGAGAUUGGCACUAACCUCCUGAGCCAGACAGCUGAACAGACUCGCAAACUCACCCAUGUUGAAGCACAGGUUUUAAACCAGACCUCAAGAAUUGAAGUUCAACUGUUGGAAAAUUUCCUCUCCACCAACAAACUGGAGAAACAGCUGAUGUUGCAAACCAACGAGAUCAGCAGAAUACAUGAGAGGAAUCGUCUUUUGGAAAGGAAGAUCUCCGACAUCGAGGCUAAGCACCGGACUGAGCUGGGAUCCAUCAGGAAGGAGAAGGAGCUGCUCCAGCAGCUGGUGACCCACCAGAUCAACACCAUCAGGGAGCUGGAGAAACGCCUGCACACAGCCAGCAGCAACAACAGCAGCCUGCAGCUCCAGCAGGUUCAGCUAGUCGAGACUGUCCGCCGCCUCAUCAACCUGGUCUCCCAGGGCAAAGCAGUGGUUAAGAAGGAAGAAAAGAUCUUCAGGGAUUGCAUGGAUGCCUUGGAGUCUGGGGCCAACAUGAGUGGGAUCUACACGAUCCACGUUGAGAACAUGACAAACCCUCGCAAGGUUUACUGUGACAUGGAGACCAGUGGUGGGGGCUGGACUGUUAUACAGAGGAGAGUUAACGGCAGCACAGACUUCCAGAGGAAUUGGAGGGAAUAUAAGACGGGUUUUGGAGACGGAGCAGGUGAGUACUGGCUGGGGAAUGAGGCCAUCUACCAGCUGACCAGUCAACGGGUCUAUUCGCUCCGGAUUGAGCUGAGGGACUGGGACGGAAACCAGGUCUAUUCCUUGUAUGAGAAAUUCCACUUGGGGAGCGAGAAGCAGAGUUACAGGCUUUUUCUGAAAGGAUACAGUGGAACAGCUGGACGCCAGAGCAGCCUGUCUGUUCACGGAGCAAGUUUCAGCACAAGGGAUGCGGACAAUGACAACUGUCACUGCAAGUGUGCACUGAUGUUAACCGGAGGAUGGUGGUUUGAUGCCUGUGGACUGUCCAACCUGAACGGGAUGUACUACACAGCUGGCAACAACAUACGGAAACUCAAUGGCAUCAAGUGGCAUUACUUCAGGGGCCCCAGUUACUCGCUGCGGGCGACCAGCAUGAUGAUCAGGCCCUUGGACUUCUGA